AUGGUUCGCAACAUCGUCGUCCUCUCGGGGAGCUCCCACCCGGGCUUCGUCGACUCUGUCUGCGAGACUCUCGGUGUGUCGCCCUCGAGCAGGCUCCUCGCCAAGUUUUCAAGCGGCGAGACACGCUGUGAGAUCCGCGACUCGGUCCGCGGCAAGGAUGUGUAUAUUGUUCAGACGUUUGGCGUGGGUCCUACAUCGUCCGCCUCCCCACCCUCAUCGGCAUCGACAAGAUCAGCAACAACCGCCGAUGAGGAGAGCAGGUCGCCCCCCAACACGGUCAACGACUACUUCAUCGAGCUGUGCAUCAUGAUCUCGGCCUGCAAAACGGGUUCCGCCAGACGGGUUACUGCCGUGCUACCGCUCUUUCCGUAUUCCAGGCAACCCGACCUAGCAUUUUCCAAGGCCGGUGCGCCGCUGGUGAGCAUGUCGGGCACUACCAGGCAAGUAGUAGGGGAACGGGGCCCGGGGACAGGAGCAGGGCGGGAUUAUACCUUUGAGAGCGUGCCUGUCACGCCUGGGGCGAGUAUCCCGAGGACGGCUGGGCUAGGGAGUGCUGGCGUUGAUGUUGCUGAGAUGAUGGGAAAGGUGUCGUUGGGCGGCGGGAAUAAGGGGACAGGGCCUCCGGCUGGAGGGAACGGAACGGCUUCGCCGGUACUUGUACCGCAGCAGCAGCCGGGCACUUAUACGACGCAUGACUACGAGAAUCCGGGGUUAAUGAUUGCGCUCCAGGCAAAAUCCGGGUACAAGCAGUGGAUGGCGCAGUCCGGGUCGCUGGUGGCGGAUCUGUUGACUUGUGCCGGGGCGGACCGGGUUUUGACCUGUGAUCUUCAUGAGAGUGCUUACCAAGGGUUCUUCGACAUUCCCGUCGACAACCUCCAUGCUCGCCCCCUUUUACAACGCUACAUCCAACAGCACAUUCCCAACUACCGUGAUGCCGUCAUUGUCAGUCCCGAUGCAGGCGGCGCUAAACGUGCCACGGCCGUCGCCGACGAACUGGGGCUCGCAUUUGCCCUCAUCCAUAAGGAACGGCGUUCCCCAAAGAUAUCCUACCCUCCCAAGGCAACCAUGAUGCUGGUCGGCGACGUUGCGGGGCGGGUCUGCAUCCUGGUUGACGACCUCGCUGACACGGCCAACACUCUCACGCGAGCGGCGAAGCUGCUCAAGCGCGAGGGCGCGGUGCAAGUGAUCGCACUGAUAACGCACGGCGUGUUCAGCGGCGACGCCAUCGCGAGGAUCAACGCCUCAGCGCUCGACAGGGUGGUCGUGACCAACACGGUCGCGCAGGAGGCGCAUCGCGCGGCGUGCGACAAGCUAGUGGUGCUGGACAUUAGCGGCACUUUUGCAGAGGCCAUUAGAAGGGUGCAUCAUGGGGAGAGUAUUAGCAUGCUGUUUCAGUAUGAUUGA